CAAGAAGCAAGCUCGCGGAAGGCUCAGAGCGCAGGAGCUAGCAGAGUGCGAGGAGGACUCGCAGCAGCAAAAGCACAAGCAGCGCUGCUGGAUAGUCUUGAUCUCGAAUCUCCGGCUCACAGAGCGAUGGCACGUGGCGCGGCAUUCGAGGUAGAAAGAGGAGCUGGAGCUGGAGCUGGAGCUGGAGCUGGAGCUGGAGCAGCAGGACUCACGAGGGCACCCCACGAGUCUCUGCUGGAGAGUUUGGACCUCUCAGGAUCCAACCAGCUCUCCGGCAUCUUGCGAACAGACCAAUGGCUGCGACAAGCUGUGAACAUGGCGCUUGGAGUUGACCCUGGGAUGCUGGAUGGCGCGACCAACAGGAAUGAAGACACGGCGAAGCAGGGAUACGCGAAGAGGCGGGGGGAGGGCGAGCAUCUCAAGUCAGAGAGGAACGGAUACUCGGGUGUGCAGCAGCACACGCAGCAAGGAAGGCAACGGCAUGACGUAGGCCACACCCUCAGGAAGUCUGCCGAAUUGCUACGUCAAAAUGCGGAUGAGGCACGCUCGCUUGUGGAGCAGUACCGGCAGAACAAGCUGGCAGGAAUGCAGGCAGCACAGUACCAGCAGCAGAAGCCUCCUGCUAGGGCCAUGCUACCCAAGGUCGAGAUGGAGGCGGUUGAGGACGAGGAGUCGCGAAUUAUGGCCUCUAUCGCUCGUCUGGACCUCAAGCUUGCAUUGGCAGCUGAUCCUGCGGCUGCUCACGAUGCGAUGGUGGGGAACAGAAGGAUUGAGGGGAGGGAAGGCAGAGAGCUGAGUGCUGGGAUGAAUGCGCCGACGAACAGGAUGGAAGCAACAAGAGCACUAGAGCAUUGGAAUGUCAGCGAGGCGCUCUAUCCUUCUGUUCCGCAGGAGAGGGGGAGAGGAGGCGGAGGCCUCGUUCCAAGAAGGACGCCUUCCUCAAACCCACCUCCUAACCGAGAUAGGAGGAUAGCUGGAUGUAAGAACAAGUAAAGAGUGAAUGUAAGAGUUAUAAUGAACAACGAUGGGUCUGUG